AUGACCGGGACGUGGUUCCUCCCACCAGAUUUUACCUUUACCACAACUGGGCCGCUUCGCCUCGGCAUGGUCAUCUCACACUGGUCCAAACCCACCGCCGUGCUUGCGACCCUUGGUUCCGGAAAUGAGGUCCAAUUGCCGGCUACGGCGACCAUCGUGGAGUCGAACCAUGCUCACAACCGCUCAAGCUCCCAAUCCACCAGCCUUGGCAUGUGGGCCAAGUUCGAGGGCAUCGCGUCGGCAUCAGCCAACCAGAGUAUCGGCAAGAGCAGAAGCAUAGAUUACAGCAAAACGGACCACGAGAUUCGCUUCUUCUCUGACCCGGUGACACCCGAGGCCGUAACCGCGAUCGCCAAUCUUCCGGCUGUACGGGCACAUAUCGACUCAGGCCUCUUUGGCAAGCGGCCCAUCUAUCUCGUCUCGGGGCUGCGCAUCGCCACUUCGUCCUUCACUGUGACGACAGAGAACAGCUCUCAACUGGCACUGGGAGCCGAGGCAUCCGGACCACCGGCAGGUACCGUACCUGCUGAAGUUGGCGGGAAAUUGGAACACGAACAACAACGGGCCGUUACCGACUCGUACGAUACGGCCCCGGGAAUCGUGUUUGCAUAUCGGCUUCACGUCAUUCGAACCCGCAGAGCGGGAUCGGAGGCGGAGCUCUUCAGUCACAAGGGCGCGUUCUUGACUGGCGAGCGAGAGCAAGAGAAGGAGCCAUUGCUCCUCCUCGAAGCGACAAAGGAUGAAAUCGAUGGCGACGUGGAGGAAGAUGUCGAGUACGAAAGCGUGGAUGUUGGAGAGGAUGAUUUGUGCAUUUAUCUGCCGCCGAAGGGAUAA